UAAUUAUGUUAUUAUUAUCUAUGACCACUUGAUUGAUUAUCAUCAGAAGUUUCAUUUUCUUAUUGCCCAAAACUUCUAAUAAGAAGACCUUUAUUUUUAUCUAAUAUUAUGUGGAGGGGAUUCCCUAAAACUGUGUCUUGUCAAAAAUUAAAAGUUGCCUUUUCAUGUUAACUGAAACCUUUCGUUUUCCUGUAGUUUGAACCUGUUUAAAGUUAAAAUGCUGGACAGAGAGUACAAAGUGAAGUUUAUAAGCUCGAAGAACAGUUUUCUGUUCCUCUCGAGCCAAGAUUGUAGACAACUUGAUUCAGACAAGCUGCUCAUUCGGAUGAGCCAUGGUGAUAAUAAAAACUCUUAUUUCUCAUUGGGGCCUCCUCUGCUGAUGCUGAAAGAAGGCGAAUGCGCUCUGUGUCCCAUUUUAGCUAAAGAAUUGGGAAUUGAGAAAAAUGAAAUUGUGUCUUUGGCAAGCACUAGGUCUGUGGGUAGUGUUAAAUCACUUGAUAUGGUGGCAGCUACAAAAGAUGAUUUUGAAAUACUGGAAAUGUUAGCUGGAGAUGUGCAGGAAUCAUUGAUGAAUCAAGUGCGGAUAGUGCACAAUAAACAGAAAUUGGUGGUUUGGAUAUCGAAUUCAGUUCGGGUGACUGUAAUUAUAGAUGGAAUCAUGCCAAUUUCCCCAGGUCGCCUUGAGAAUUUAACUGAAGUGAAGGUUAUGCCACCAGUUGCACAGGCUGAUAAGAAUAUUGAUUUUCCGCAGGAGAACGUUUUGAAGAAUGUUAUCAAAACGCAAAUCGUGUGCAGGUUGCAUCCCUUAACCGAUUUGAAUAUUGAUUGUGAAAAGCAUCCGUUCAACGUUUACUUGCACAAGAACAGUAUAGCCAAUUCAAUUGAAACUUCGGAUAUACUUUUAGCGCAAUUAGAGUUAAUUUGUAUGGGGGAUGUUAAACCGAAGGAUUUAAUAGUUCGCGUGUUGGUGAUGGAAGAGACGGAUUUCGAAGAUGCUUUGUUCGUUAGUGAUAGCAUCUUGGAGCACUUUGAUUGCGGUAUAGGAGGUCGGGUUAUCCUGGAAACGAAGGUGAUUCCGAUUCCGACUAUGAAAACUGUAGAAAUUGUUACCAGCAGCGGGUAUUUUACUACGGCGGAUGAAAUGGUUAGAGAGUACUUGGCGGAUAGGGUUAAGAAAGGCGCAUUGUUGAUGAAUUCGGAUGUGGUUUUGGGGGAUAAGGGCAAUUUUCGGUUUUCGCUCAAGUUCAUGCCGCACGAGGAGUUCGGGUUGAUCGAUAGUGACUUUUUGCGGGGAUGCAGGAAAUUUGCGUUGUUUGGUACCGAAUUGGUGGAGGAUAAUAAGAAGGAAGAGGAUGUUAAGGACGAUUUACAGGUGGACAUGAAAUGCGGAAACUUUCAGGAGAUCUCAGAUGCUGCAAUCAAUUGCUUUCAAUUGAAAUUCGCGCAUUGCUGUAAUACUGUUAGUAGCAAUGUUUUAUUGACUGGGAAACAAGGUACUGGAAAAUCAAAGUUAGUUGCAAAAAUUGCCAAAGAUCUUUCGGAAAAACCAUCUCGCAUUCACGUGGAAACCGUCAAUUGCAAGAAGCUGAAAAACAAGAGCAUAGAAUCGCUUCUUAAAGCAAUGACUUCGACGUUCCAGAAGUUGAUCUACUAUCAACCGUCUUUACUGAUCCUGGACGAUCUGCAAGUGAUCUGCGAGAGGGUCGUCGAGGGAGAAGCACCGACACAGGAGAACCUCCAUUUCAAUAAGGUUAGCGAAACGUUGGCCGACGCGUUCGAGAAUUAUCUGAGCGCAAAUCGCAUCUCGAUCCUAGCUACGAGCGAAUCCCUCGACAAAUUAAAUCAGCAUAUAUUUUCGUCCCGGGGAAAGCAUCUCUUUAAGAACGUCUUCGCCUUGGCCGACCUGAACAAGGCUGACAGGAUACAUCUGAUGAACCAUUUCCUCGAGGCGAAGGAGGUCAGCCGGGAGAAGAACAUCAAUUGGGAUGAGAUAGGGGUUAAAACUGAGGGUUUCGUGGCGCAAGAUCUCGCUGAUUACAUGGAUAAAAGUAUCUUCGAAGCUUAUAAAACGGAAUCGGAAAUUGUUAGCAUGGAUAAUUGCUUGGAGGCUUUGAAGAAUUCGUCUUCGUUGUCUUUGAAGAAAGUGAAAUUACACGCGGCGGGUGAUAAAGAUUUCAAUGAUAUCGGAGGAUUGCAGGUUGUCAAGAAGAGUCUGGUGGAGACCAUGAUGUGGCCAGCUCAGUAUCCAAACAUCUUCGGGAAUUGUCCGCUGAGGUUGCAGUCCGGCUUAUUGUUGUACGGACCUCCGGGAACUGGGAAGACCCUUCUGGCCGGAGCAGCGGCUAAACACUGCAAUCUCCGAUUGAUCUCGAUCAAGGGUCCGGAGCUAUUGUCCAAGUAUAUAGGGGCCAGUGAACAGGCGGUCAGGGACGUCUUCGAAAAGGCGCAAAGUGCUCGGCCGUGCAUUCUCUUCUUCGACGAAUUUGACAGUUUAGCGCCAAGACGCGGACAUGAUAGCACCGGGGUUACCGAUCGAGUAGUCAAUCAGUUGUUAACUCAGUUGGACGGUGUUGAAUCUUUGACGGGAGUUUGCGUUUUGGCUGCCACCUCAAGACCUGAUCUUCUGGAUCCUGCGUUACUUCGACCAGGAAGAUUGGACAAACAUAUUCUUUGUCCCAUUCCAAAUCUG